AAAAGCAUCCAGCGACGAAAUGUACCCUACUAAAGCUUAUAUUUGAAGACCUAGUCAACCUGCUUAAAUAUGAGGAGAAUGAAUACAUAAGAAAGGAAGAAAAACUUUAACAAGGAAAUAUUAAUCAAACUUUUUUCGUCACGUUAGGCGAUAACCUUGUCGUCGUUGAAUUUUGUCACAUCAGGACGUUUCGUGUUGCCGAAAGUUAAUACCUGCAGACUGUUGUUGUUUAGCCCCAGGUCAGCUUUGACCUAGUAGAUUUAUGAUCAAAGUCAUUCCAGUCUUUCUCAAUGUGUAGAGAAUCUAGGACCGGAGUAUUCAACGCGUUUUCUCCCCUUUCCUUCAGAUGAUAGGGUGUAAUUUGAGGGAAAGUUGGCUGCUCUGUCAAACAGGUCAAGCGACCAUAUAGAGACAGUUAAGUUUGAAGAAUUCUUUCAAUGCGCGAUGCUGUGCACCGAUGUGAAAUAUAUUUUAGGUUUUGUCAAGGCAGAACCGGAAUAUGUGGAAGUUCGAGAAUCGAAGAAGUAGCUGUGAAUAUAAGAUUCAUUAAAGCACGGAUUGCAAAAGAACGCAAGACUCGAUGUGGAGUUUUGACGAAAAUGGCUCAUUCCAAAACUCUGCAUUAUAGAAGAAUUAUCUGACACAGUAAAGACACUAAAAUCAAGUUAUUAGAAUUGAAUGAUAAAUACAUUCGUGAAAUAUAAAAAAAAAAAAUAGAUAAAGUUUGUAUAACUGAAAAAAAAAAAAGACUCUCGUACAGAAUCAAUACAAAUUAAUCAACGGAAAAAAGUUGUCAUGGGAGCUUUUCUUGACAAACCCAAGACAGAGAAGCAUAAUGAAGCGGGAAUGGGAAAUGGCCUUCAUUUUGGCCUCAGCAGUAUGCAGGGGUGGCGUGUGGAAAUGGAGGAUGCCCACACGGCAGUUAUCGGCCUACCGCAUGGCCUCACUGACUGGUCCUUUUUCGCUGUAUACGAUGGUCAUGCUGGAGCUAAGGUAUCGGCCUGCUGUGCAGCUCAGCUGAUGGAGCAUAUUAUUGCCAAUGAAGAUUUUCGGGGCAAGCUUGAUGUCAGCCAGGGUACAGAAAUCCUUCCCUCUAUUAUGGAUGUGCAGAAAGGCAUCAAGACCGGCUUUCUUAAGUUUGAUGACUGCAUGCGAACAAUGCCAGAAAUGGUUAGUGGGGAAGACAAAAGUGGCUCUACAGCAGUAUGUGCUAUUGUCUCACCAACACACAUCUUCUUUGCUAAUUGUGGAGAUUCUCGGGCGGUGCUGUGUCGAGAUGGUAAAUGUCCGUUCUCAACUACUGAUCACAAACCUGUAAAUCCUAUUGAGAAGGAACGUAUACAGAAUGCUGGAGGCAGUGUUAUGAUACAGCGAGUCAAUGGAUCUUUAGCAGUAUCCCGGGCUCUAGGAGACUUUGAAUAUAAAAAUGUUGAAGGAAAAGGGCCAUGUGAGCAGUUAGUAUCUCCUGAGCCAGAAAUUUUCACCGAAUGUCGAAAUGAGAAGGAUGAAUUCUUAGUACUUGCUUGUGAUGGAAUUUGGGAUGUCAUGUCCAAUGAAGAACUCUGUGAUUUUGUUAGGAGUAGAAUGCUCAUUACUGAAAGUCUUGAAGACAUUUGCAAUCAAGUUGUAGAUACAUGUUUAUAUAAGGGAAGUCGAGAUAACAUGAGCAUUGUCCUCAUAGCUUUUCCAGGAGCACCUAAGCUGUCAGAUGAGGCAAUAAGGAAAGAAAGAGAACUGGACACACGUUUGGAGAACAAAAUUAAAGAAAUCCUAGACAACUGCAAACCUGAAGAUGAUGUCGACCUUUCUCUUGUGAUGCACGAGUUGAUGGAUGAUGAAAUAGAAGGAUUGCCACCAGGUGGUGGUUUAAGUUCUAAGAGAAUGACAGUUGGAAGUAUUUUAAAGCGACUCAGACCGGGAAAAAUUGAGGAUGAGCUCGAACUUAAAGCCUACUCACCAAUGGGCAGACCAUCCAGCCUGCUCUAAAUAGAGGCUGCCUCCUUUCAAGAGCUUCUGUAGUGAUUAAUGAGCUGUACUGAGAAGAUUGAAUGAUGGUUUUAUAGAAAUUCAUGUACCAACACCUACCAACCACUUCCUGUCACAUGACUACUGCUAUGAUUCUUACAGCUACAAACAUUACUAUUGUUAAGACUGCUAUUAUCAUUUCUCUUACCAAUUAUUAUACCACUGUUAUUACUCUACUACAAUUUACCACUAAUACUGGCAAUUUUGGUGGUCACUGGCGCAGAUCUCCAUAGAUGUGUACAAGUGAAAAAUGAUGUAGAAAAACUUUUUAUUUUAAUUGAUAUCAUUAGAAAAAAAUGUAAAUUUAAAAAUAAAAUCAGGGGAUGAAAUGAGCUGUAGAAAGAGGCAUUCUACUGAGAGAGCUUGUUUAGACAUACAAUCAAGGAAGAGAACAGAUACACAUGUCAUGUUUUACUUGCUCAUUUUGUCUUUGUUCUUAUCUCCUUCUACUCCUUUUCUCCAAAUUAUAUAUAAGCUGGUUUCAAUAAGAAAAAUGAUGUUCUUGAUCCUCUUCUUCACUGUCAGACACUUUUAAUUUUAUACACUGUAUCCUCUUUGAAUAAUUAGGAUUUACUAAUCAGCUUGGAGGAUUGUCUUUUUUUUUAUGCUUUUAUUAUUUUUUGGGAAUCUGUAAGGCUUCCUCCUCUUCCUGUAAUAACAUAUGGGGAGGAUAGUGUAUGUAAUGAGAGAAAAAGUACUUCUGUAAGAUUUUUGAAAAUUAUGAAAUGUUAACAUUUUAAAUUCUUUCUCCAAUCUCAAAAAGUGUUAAAUGAAAAAAUUAGUAUUUUUCUUUGAAUUUGAAACAUGAAAUAAAAAGGGAAAAAUGUAUUAUACUUUUUAAGAAUCAUGUAAAUUUAUCAUUUGUGAUUGGAAUGCUUCAGCCUCGAAUUAGGUUUUAGAUUCUAAUUUUCAUCAAUUUGGUCACCAACUCCCUUCCUUCCCAAAACAAAUAUCUCUAAAUUGAAUAAGAAAGCCAAUUGAAGAAGAAAGAAAAGUAAACUGUGGAUGUAUUUCUAAGUUGCCAUUAUUGUUACAGUUCUUUUUUUUUUUUUUUUUACAUACAUGUAUCAAAAUAAUUUUUGCUUGUUAAUAGACCUGAUUCUUAGAAUUGGCAAUUCUCACUUACCUAGGAAGACUGACAAUUAUGAAGAUUUGGUAAAGCAUUUACAACCUACAUGGAAAGCUUAGUGAAACUUUUGUCACAAUUUUAACCUUUUCAUGUCAAAAUUUGCAGCUGCUACAUACAUCCCUAUCACAGUCAGAGUAAUGUGGAAAACUGCUGUGUUUACAUUGGUUCAAAUCUUGUUUAAUAUACACAUGACUCACACACCAACAUUAAAACAAAAAAAAAAAGAAAAAAACUUUCGUUAAUUAUCUUAUUGAUGAAGAAAGUGAUUGGGCAGAAGAGUAGCAGAAAUGAAGAAGCAGCCUGCAAAAUAUUGCAUUGGUACCAUGGAAAUGAAUUGUAACAGCAAUCAUUCUAAUGAGUGGCGUUAAUCUUGAAAAAACAGUUGUAUUAACAACUUGCUCAAGCAUUACCGACUCUUUGUUUAUCUUCUCCACUGCUUUUAUUUGCCUAGAUGUCUGCCUUCCUUCAAAACUGUUGAUAUUUAUUUUUACUUUUUUUUGCCUUUUAUAGGUGCUCUUAUUUGGUAUUUUUAGUUUUGAUUUUGAUAUGUCAUUUUAGAGAAACUAGUUGGAAAGGAAUCAGAAUUAAAUUUCAGAUUCACUGAAUGCACAUAAGGGCAUGUGUGCAUGAAUUCUUCAUGAAAUUCUAUCUUGGUUUUCAAGUGUGUAUUUUUUUUUCUUGUAAAGUACCCUUUGUACUUGUGCUGUUUAGUUGAGUGUACAUACAUAUAUGUGUUUGUUUGAAUUAUUUCAUCUAAUAACUCUGUGCCAAAGGCCUUACUAGUUAUUUGUACAUUAAAGGUAAAGUUGUUUCAUAACUUUUAUUUUUAAUCAGCUUUCAUUGAUGUAUUUAAACCAAGAGCCUUUGUUUCGUUGCCCCUCUUUUCCAACUCUUUUAUUACAUGCUAGCCACUGUAUCUCCUCCCUAUCAUCUUGUAUUUUGUAAUUCUCUCUGUUCAUGUUUGUCUACUAAUUUUUUCAGUAUUAAAACUAGCUUCUCUCAGGGUAUGAGACUUAAGAAAUAAACUUUUCUUAAUAUGAGGCCAGCUCCCAGAACUAGUAGCUGUAGCCAGUAUCUCUGGUAAUGACAUGUGACAUGACACACUCCCUGGCUUGGUCAAGGAAAACCGUGUCCAGCAUCACUGCUGCACAAUAACUGAUAAUGUGACCAUUAGAACAGCAGCAAGUGAUUAUGCUGACCAUUAAAGUUAACAUCCCAGUUGGAAAUUUUCUGUCUUUAUUCCAUUUUUUUAUUUUAGAUUUUUAUUUCUAAAAAAUAAAAAGAAUCAGUAUCAAUAAAAAUUGAAAAUUUUCUGGGAUAAAAAGCCUCUGUAUUUUCUGUUAUCAAGCACAAAAUUAGAUUAUGAUAUGAAUGUAAGCAUAUCUAUCUUACUGGAUACUAAUAUAAUUAAGCAAUGAAAUAAACAGUUAUUUUUGCUGGUAAUAUAUAGAAAUAAUUAUCUGCACUAUUACAGCAGAGCUUUUCAUUGGUUCAUCAUUUUUUGUUUUGAUGAUAAAGCAUAAUUUUAAUACAAGUUGUUGGAAAAGAGUCCAUUUUAUACCUAUGAGAUUAAUAAUUUGGAUUCUUAAAUUUCAAGAUAAAAUCUAUAUUAAAAUGCUCAUCCAUUCUUUUUGUGUGAAAAAGUUUAACCUUAAUAUCCAAGUUAUUGCUGUUACUAAUUCCUACACAAAUAUCAUGAGUGUAGUUGUGUUCUUACCAAAACAGAAUUAUAUAUUAAGUAUACUUUUAAAAGUGCGUCUUUAUUAGUAAUCAGUUAUUUAUUUAGGUAGCUUAAUAAAUUUUAUGGUAGUUAGAUAAUAAUGGGGGUGCUAUAAGUUUUGAUCGCAGUUUCCUUGUGAUUAUUGUUGUGGUAGGCUGUCAGUUGUACUAAUAAUAGCAUGCAGGCCACCGGCACACUUAUUAAAAAUGUGUACAGUAACUUUUCCCUCUAAUUUUUUUUUUUUUUUGUGGUGAAAGAUUCUGUUA